AUGAUGAAUCUUUCAGUAGAUGAAUUAAAAGAGCAAAGUAAACAAACACUGGCCCUCAUCAAGCGAGGAAUGUGCACUCCAGAUGAUCCCAGUAGAUGAAACAACCCAGAAAGGCUUGAAAAACUAUUGACUGUAGCUAUGCAAGGCAAACUUUUACGGCUCAAAGUUAAAAGUUCUUUAAUUUUACCAAGAAAUUCAGUUAUAAACAUUUCCCCUCUCAAGUAUGAGCUGAGCAAUCGCGGGGCAAAGGAUGGCGUCACUUAUUUGGGCUGCAAGAAAAAAGACAGGCCGAAAGGACAAAUUGUAUGUGAUUUUGUGAUACCUUUGGCAGAUAAAGCAUUAGCAAACUCAUUGAGGACUCCUCACUUUUUGAUAUGAUAUGACCCUUAUAUAGAUUCUUAUUAUAUAAGAGAUUUUGCUGUAGGCUCUGGAGUCUAUGCAAAAAUAGACUAUACUUUAGCUUUAUAUAAGAAGCAGUAUAUUGUUACCUUUGGGGAAUCACAUUUGCUUAUUACGAUAAUCCCAUCAACUCCAUACCCAAGACUUUGCCUUAAAGUUUAUGGAGGAAAAACGUCUGGAGAGUUGAUAUUCUUCGACGCCCAUGAAUAUCAUAUGGACCAAGUUUACGUCGGCCGAGAUCAAAGCUGUAAUGUUUUUAUUGACGACAAUUUAAUUUCAAAAAAACAAGCCACAAUCUUCUACAGCCAGAAAAAAGGCUGAAUGCUAGUAGAUGGGGAUUUGCAAACUCAAAGACCAAGCACAAAUGGAACUUGGUAAAAUUUAUUUAGGCUCUAUUUAAAUGACGAUUUAGAACUUAAAGAAGGGAUGGAACUUAAAGCAUUCCAAACAUUAUUUAAAGUCAAUAUUUAUUAG